GACAAAACUUUCGGUCUGAAGAAUAAGAAAGGAGCAAAGCAACAGAAGUUCAUUAAGGCUGUCACUCAUCAAGUGAAAUUUGGUCAGCAGAACCCACGCCAGGUAGCGCAGAGUGAAGCGGAGAAGAAAUUGAAGAAAGAUGACAAGAAGAAAGAACUGCAAGAACUAAAUGAGCUGUUCAAGCCUGUAGUUGCUGCACAAAGAAUAAGUAAAGGUGCAGAUCCCAAGUCUGUGGUGUGUGCGUUCUUCAAACAAGGGCAGUGUACUAAAGGAGAUAAAUGUAAGUUCUCUCAUGACCUCACUCUGGAGAGAAAAUGUGAAAAACGAAGCGUUUACAUUGAUGCAAGAGAUGAAGAACUUGAAAAAGAUACUAUGGAUAAUUGGGAUGAGAAAAAGCUGGAAGAAGUAGUAAACAAGAAGCAUGGUGAGGCGGAAAAGAAAAAACCCAAAACUCAAAUAGUGUGCAGACAUUUCCUUGAAGCUAUUGAGAAUAACAAGUAUGGCUGGUUCUGGGUGUGUCCUGGAGGUGGGGACAAUUGCAUGUAUCGCCAUGCACUUCCUCCUGGAUUUGUGCUAAAAAAAGACAAAAAGAAAGAAGAGAAAGAAGAUGAGAUUUCAUUAGAAGAUCUAAUUGAGAGAGAGCGCUCUGCCUUAGGUCCAAAUGUUACCAAAAUCACUCUAGAAUCUUUUCUCGCAUGGAAGAAAAGGAAAAGACAAGAAAAGAUUGAUAAACUUGAACAAGAUAUGGAGAGGCGGAAAGCUGACUUCAAGGCAGGGAAAGCACUGGUGAUCAGUGGUCGUGAGGUGUUUGAAUUUCGUCCUGAGCUGGUCAAUGAUGAUGAUGAGGAAGCAGACGAUACCCGCUACAUUCAGGGAACAGGUGGUGAUGAGGUUGAUGAUUCUGUGGGUGUGAAUGACAUAGAUGUGAGCCUGUACAUCCCAAAAGAUGUAGAGGAGACAGGUAUCACUGUGGCCAGCCUUGAGAGAUUCAACACAUAUGCUUCAGAUAAAGAUGAGAACAAGUUAAGUGAAGCUUCUGGGGGUCAGGCUGGAAACGGCGAGAGAAGUGAUUUGGACGACAGUGGAGGGGGAGGACAAGAAAAUGGAUCCAUCGAUGCUGUUCCUGUUGAUGAAAAUCUGUUCACGGGGGAAGAUCUGGAUGAACUGGAGGAAGAACUGAACACACUUGAUUUAGAAGAAUGACACCACACGAGUCACGGAGGAAAAUUAGGUCAGCUCAGUGUGGUCAACAUGAAUUGAAAUUGACCUCAUUAAUGGUUUGCCACCUAGAAUCAACAGGGUGUUCGUUUCCCUCGUGAUGAUUCUGGAGGGAUAGUGUCCUCCACAAAAGGAGCACUAUCCCUGUGUCUUCUCUUCUGACUUUGACUACAUCUCAUAGUAAGUGCAGAGUAGCUGAUAAUAAGAAAUGGCACUACAGAAGGUGAUUGUUGCUGUACCUGUCCACUCACGUAGGAAGUGUAACUGCUUUUCCAGCUUUUGAUUUCCAUUGGGCAUGUGUAAUUUCCAGGAACAACAAAGUCACACUUAAAAUACUUUCCGUCUGCUGCCGUUUUUAAUGAGUGGUUUCCUUUCCUUUGUAUUUAUGUUUGAAAGACUGCCUGAAAGGUGAGCCCUGUACUUGAUAAAGGAAGGUGCAGAUUCAGUGUUGUACAUCUUGGACAAUUAGGUGGACACUGAGAGUGGGACUUGUUCAACCUGACAGGGUCAGCCUUGUCGCCCUGUAUUAAAGCUGUUUAAAGUUCUCCCCUUUUUUGCCAAUAAAGUUGUAAAUAAAAACCAUCAUACAUCCAA